GCAUAAAUCUUCCAACGCGUCGCCAACUUGAAUUGCUGAGUGACGACGACGACGAUCAGCUGCCAGCCUUGUCGAGUUUCAAGCGCCCUCGAAUUAGUUUACCGGUCAUGCCUAACUCAAGUGCCAGCCUCUUGAGUGAAGUUUCAUCCAUAUUAGACUCAAAAGGUCCAAGUCGAAGGCAUCCGCGAAAGUCACCCUCCCCACCAGUCACGAAUUCCAACACAACCACGACGAGCGCGACGGUCACUCCUUCCAAAGCACCAAUGUUUCAAUCCAACACUCCUAUCUCGAAAAAGGAACGCGAGACGACAGUCAGGUCAAUCUUGAGGGAACCAAAUACCCCUGGUACCGGCCAAAGUGUCCGCUUCUUCUCCAAAGACGCUUUCAGGGUUAUAAGCCCCAACCCAUCUACUUGUACUAGUCCCGAGACAUCACCGGCUUUCAUUGACGAAAUCGAUCAACUUACAAAUACUGAAGAACACGACGAUCGCUCAGACCCUCAUCCAUCGUGUUCUGGGUUUGGAUUAGACAGCAGGCUCAAUUUGGCUUCCAAAUCUACCUCAAUAAUCCUUCCAGAUUCGUCGCAUAAUGGAACAAAUUUAUUCGACAUGUCCUUGGACAUGCCAGCCAUACCCACUCCCGAAGACGCGGGUAACAUGCUCUCGGACGAUGCAAUGGAGGUUCCAGAAUUCGAUAUUGCACAACCAGAUGUCCCGUCAACUCGAAGGAUACAUGUAUCCCUUACUCCUGACAAUUCAAAUGGGAGUUUACAGCUCGAGUCGAAUGGGUCUUUCCAAGCUACAAAGCCUCCCGCCCGUAUUCCCUCCACCUCUACCACGAGUCCCAACGGUCCUCAAAAUAUCACGGCCGUUCCCAGUCCAUCUACCAGUGACGAGAUUCGACCAGAGCCCAAGAGGUAUUGGUCUACUGGUGGGCUGUUUCCGACUGGUUUGUUUGGUCGACGGGUACCCAGUUCGGUGACAGAGGCUCAGGCAGACAUCAUCAAAACACUUCGCGAAGAGCUCAAUCUGCAAAAGGAAAUCAGCUCACGAUAUCAAAUGGACCUCGACAGCCGAGACGCCCUCGUUGAAAUCCUUUCUGCUCGUGUCGAAUACGCCGAAACUGAACUAGAGCAGUGGAUGAGCGAAGAGGAUGGCCAAUAUGCUCUUAUUCAGGACUUUAAGAAGCAGCUUUACAGCCUAGAACGCUCCUGUGGUCAACUCCGAGCUACCGCGGGGAUCAACAGAGACGAAGAAUUGUCGGAGAUAAGUAUCUCAGACGCAGCAAGUCAACAGGCUCUCAAAACGCUACGGAAUCGCAUCAAGCAUCUCGAAGAGCAGAACGACCUGUUGCAAAGAGAAUCAGAGCAGAACAUCCAAGCGUUGGCCUAUGCAAGGGGAGAAGUGGACUUGUUGAAGUCCCAUCUUGACCAAGACGAAUACACCGAAGGAAGCAACAUCUUGCGGGUUCUCGAGGAACGCAGUAAUCUUCGCGAGAAG